GUUUCUUCUUUCUUGACCAGGACAUGAGAGUUCUCUGGAGCCACCCCUGCCGUGAUGGGAAACGAAACAACUUCUAGUCGAUAUUAAGGCAUUUGGAAACCAAACUGCAGUAAGGAAACCAGUCCUCUAGGAAAAAGGAUUCCUCUCAAGGGGCUGAUCCUGCAGAAUUCCUACAUUCACUUUGGAUUAGAGUAGAACCAUAGAGUCAGAAGAGACUGCAUGCGGCACCCAGUCCAGGCCUCUGCCGUGCAGGAAAAGUGCAAAGUACCCCUGACAGAUGAGCAUCUAGCCUUGGUUUAAAGGAUUCCAGAGGAGCCUCCACUACAUUUUGAGGCAGAGAGUUCCACUGCUGAACAGCUCUAACAGUCAGGAAGUUCUUAAUGUUCAGAUGGAAUCUACUUUCCUGUAAUUUGAACCCACUGCUGUGAGUAAUCAGAAAGGGAAAAACAAGAAUCAAGUGUCCUUAUUGGAAUUAAAUGUACAUAACACUGCUGACAUGGAGGAGAAAGCAUAUAAAUGUAUCGAAUGUGGAAAGAGCUUUACUCAGCAUGGAAAGCUGAAGAGACAUCAAAGGACUCACACUGGGGAGAAACCCUAUAACUGCCUGGAGUGUGGACAGAGCUUCACUCAUAGUUCAGGUCUACGUUCACAUCAAAGGACUCACACUGGGGAGAAACCCUUUAAAUGCCUGGAGUGUGAACAGAGCUUCACUCGGAGUUCAGGUCUACGUUCGCAUCAAAGGACUCACACUGGGGAGAAACCCUAUAAAUGCCUGGAGUGUGGACAGAGCUUCACUCAUAGUUCAGGUCUACGUAGACAUCAAAGGACUCACACUGGGGAGAAACCCUUUAAAUGCCUGGAGUGUGGACAGAGCUUCACUCGGAGUUCAGGUCUACGUUCACAUCAAAGGACUCACACUGGGGAGAAACCCUUUAAAUGCCUGGAGUGUGAACAGAGCUUCACUCGGAGUUCAGGUCUACGUUCGCAUCAAAGGACUCACACUGGGGAGAAACCCUAUAAAUGCCUGGAGUGUGGACAGAGCUUCACUCAUAGUUCAGGUCUACGUAGACAUCAAAGGACUCACACUGGGGAGAAACCCUAUAAAUGCCUGGAGUGUGGACAGAGCUUUGCUCGUAGUUCAGGCCUACAUUCACAUCAAAGGAUUCACACUGGGGAGAAACCCUUUAAAUGCCUGGAGUGUGGACAGAGCUUCACUCAUAGCUCAGGCCUACGUAGACAUCAAAGGACUCACACUGGGGAGAAACCCUUUAAAUGCCUGGAGCGUGAACAGAGCUUCAUUCAGAGUUCAGUUCUACGUAGACAUCAAAGGACUCACACUAGGGAGAAACCCUUUAAAUGCCUGGAGUGUGGACAGAGCUUCACUCGUAGCUCAGGCCUACGUAGACAUCAAAGGACUCACACUGGGGAGAAACCCUAUAACUGCCUGGAGUGUGGACAGAGCUUUGCUUGUAAUGGAAGUCUACAUUUACAUCAAAGGACUCACACUGGGGAGAAACCCUUUAAAUGCCUGGAGUGUGGACAGAGCUUCACUCAAAGCUCAGGCCUACGUAGACAUCAAAGGACUCACACUGGGGAGAAACCCUAUAAAUGCCUGGAGUGUGGACAAGGCUUUGCUGAUAGUUCAGGCCUACAUUCACAUCAAAGGACUCACACUGGGGAGAAACCCUAUAAAUGCCUGGAGUGUGGACAGAGCUUCAUGUAUAGUUCACAUCUACGUAGACAUCAAAGGACUCACACUGGGGAGAAACCCUAUAAAUGCCUGGAGUGUGGACAGAGCUUCACUCGUAGUUCAGGUUUACGUUCACAUCAAAGGACUCACACUGGGGAGAAACCCUAUAAAUGCCUGGAGUGUGGACAGAGCUUCACUCGUAGUUCAAAUCUACGUUCACAUCAUAGGAUUCACACUGGGGAGAAACCCUUUAAAUGCCUGGAGUGUGGACAGAGCUUCACUCGUAGUUCAAGCCUACGUUCCCAUCAAAGGACUCACACUGGGGAGAAACCUUAUAAAUGCCUGGAGUGUGGACAGAGCUUCACUCGUAGUUCAGGCCUACGUUCACAUCAAAGGACUCACACUGGGGAGAAACCCUAUACAUGCCUUUAGUGUGGACAGAUCUUCACUCGGGAACCACGUCUACAUACACAUCAAAGGACGCACACUGGGAGAAACCUUAUAAAUGCCUGGAGUGUUGAAAAAUCUUCACUUACAAUGGAAAUCUACGUUCACAUCACAGGCCUUUUCAUGACAACAAUAGGGGCAUAUGUCAAGUGUCAGAUUUAUGAAUGAGAAUAAGUGGUACCGAAGGCAGAAGUGUGCUUGUAUAGGAUUGUCUACAUGGAGUAGAAUCAUACGGUAUAAAAAACAAUGAAUAGAGAGUGUGAGGUUUAUAGAAAUAGAUCCAUUCUUGUCUAUUUUUUGUUUGUUGGUGUAGUUUGUGUCUAUGUAUGUACAGUAGAAUCUCACUUAUUCAAGCUAAACAAGCCGGCAGAAGCUUGGAUAUCUUUGAUAAUAAGGAGUGAUUAAGGAAAAGCCUAUUAAACAUCAAAUUAGAUUAUGAUUUUACACAUUAAGCACCAAAACAUCAUGCUUUACAACAGAUUUGACAGAAAAAGUAGUGCAAUACGCAGUAAUGUUAUGUUGUAAUUACUGUAUUUACAAAUUUAGCACCAAAAUAUCACGAUAUAUUGAAAACAUCGACUACAAAAAUGGCUUGGAUAAUCCAGAAACUUGGAUAAGCGAGGCUUGGAUAAGUGAAACUCUACUGUAUGUGUUUUGUUGAUAUUUGUUUCUAAUUUAGCUUUGUUCUUUGUUGUAGUACCUAGUUAGUUAGCCACAUAAGUUUAGCAUCAUACAUUAUAUAAUAUGUCCUUUAUGCAAUAUUACUGUUUUUUACUUAAAAAAUAUUUUCUAAAAAGGUGGCAAAUUUAGAAAGGUUAAAAAUUCUGAGACUGGAGUGGCAGAUAGAUGUGAUUUUAGACCCAUGUGGAGUUUAUUGCCCAAUUUAUUUUGCCUUUAAGGAUGGCCGCAUCGCUCUGGAGUUGAUUGUUAUCCUGUCAGUGAUGCAGAAAGGAGACAUCCCCAGAACUUCUGCAGAACAAAAUGUAUGUGUACAUAUACACUUAAAAACUCCCACAAAUUAUAAUACAAAUCAGGAUUCUACAACUCUAUAUUAGAGUACUUCUCAUCAAAAAAAUAGCUUUCAAAAUAUCAUCAACAAUGGUACAGUUUCCAUGUCAUAAUCUUAACACAGUAUACUAUUGAAGGACAUAAAGAGACAACCAAGUACAUAUUGUUCCUGGAGUUUGAAUUGCAAUGCCAAGAAAUGAUACACACACAACAAGGUCUCCCGGGUUGUUCCCCUUGUUUCGUUAUCACUAACUCGGGUGUUGUGUUUUAAUCAAGUUGUACUCAGUAUGAUUCUUAUCAGUAACACUGGCUCUGUUUGAAGUGGAGUUCUAUAACAAGCUCGUUCAAACGAAGAAUUCCUUUGAACGUGUACCAUUUCUUGGCAUUGCAAACCAAACGAAGAAUUCCUUUGAACAUAAAAACUAUUAUUUUGGAGACUGAAAAUCUUUACUUCAACUGACAAUGGCCUAAGAUUCCACGCAACUCCAGGAACAAUAUGGACUUGGUUGUCUCUUUAUGUCCUUCAAUAGUAUACUGUGUUAAGAUUAUGACAUGGAAACUGUACCAUUGUUGAUGAUAUUUUGAAAGCUGUUUUUUUGAUGAGAAGUACUCUAAUAUAGAGUUGUAGAAUCCUGAUUUGUAUUAUAAUUUGUGGGAGUUUUUAAGUGUAUAUAUACACAUACAUUUUGUUCUGCAUUAUUAUAGAUAUUGUGCAUUAUUCGCAUCCCCAGAACUUCUGCCUGCCAGCCGGGAUUAUGUAAAUCCUCCUCUGCCUAUCUCACAUGAAUUAUCCCGUUCUCAAUUUGUGCUGGCUUAUCAAUAAAUUGAGUAGCAACCCUUCAGUUGAGCUCGGCAGCGCAGCUACUCGGCUUUAUUUUCACAAGCAUAUAUCCCAGGGUUGUUCACACAGCUGACUAUGGUAGUGAAAUACAGUAACACCCCAAAUCCACAAACGGGGUUUAUUGGGCCUACUAUAAAGGCACCAAAAUAUACCCUGCAAGAUUUCAAAGUUCCGUUGGCUUUUCUAUUAGGCAAAGAUAUUAGAAGUCAUACAGCAAAAGGAGAAGAAUAAGGCCAUUGUGAGUGUGACAGGCCCACAGUUUGUCAAGGUGUUGGCUUUGUUAAUGUCAGGCAAGGUAUUAUUUUUCCUCAUUUGGGCUCAGUGAGACAGAGGCAUAAGAUCCGGGCAAUGAAAAGGGAGCUUGAGAGCCACGCUGCUUCUGCCCUGGAUGAGGUAGUCAAGAAUAGCUUGCUCUCAACCACUAAACAUCAGAGCCUUUCAAGCAUUAUUCGUAGAUUUGUUAAUGCUAAUUCAUUAGGGAGAGAAGUUUCCCCUGGCCUGCUUCUAAAGCUGAGAGAGUGUGACUGGGACAAGGUCAGGUCAGAGAUUCUGUAGCUGAGCAGGGAUUUAAACGCUGGUCUCCAGAGUCAAUAGUCCAAGUGCUGCAUCAUGCUGGUGUGAAGACUGUAAUGGCCACGGGAGAGAAGGGUCUUACAGUUGGAUGGACUCGGUCAAAGGCGCUUUGGCCGCUGCCUUGGCUUUGCAAAGCCUGAGCAGGACGGGAGGAUACAGUGGCCUGGAGAUCCUUUGUGAGAUCACCACAAGUUCAUCUGAUGGCUGUCAGUGAAGCAUCAACUAUGGCGUUGGAUAAUCAUCAGCAUAGAACAAAGACGAGGAAUGACUGUCCAGAAACUUCCCAGCACAUUGGUUUCCCUACAGACGGAUUUAAAGUGGAUAAAAACUUAUUUGAUAAUAAGUUUUGAUAUUAUUGAUAUACCGUAACUUGAAACUGUUUUGGACUCUGGAGAUGACCAUGUUAUUGCUAAGUUGUAUAAACUUUUGUUGAAACAUGAAAUGGAGGAGGUGAAAGAUUGUGUGGUCAAGUGGGCACAACAUUUUGGUAAACGAAUACAAAGGGAACAAUGGGAAAGGGUCUGGACAAAGAGUGUGGAAUUUACACUGAGUAAAAAUACUUUUUAUAACAUGAUGUUUAGAUGAUACUUGACACCAGAAAGGAUGGCGAAGAUCUGUAACAACAGUUCUAGAUUGUUGGAAAAGUGGAGGGAAAUGUGGGCACUUUUUAUCAUGUGUCGUGGUCAGGUAAAAAGGCCCAGAAAUACUGGGCACAAAUACAUAUGAUUUUAGAAGAAAUGGUUAAAGUAAAAUUUGAAAUGAAACCUGAACUCUUAUCUGCUUGGGAUGUGAGAUGAACAACUUAAUAGGAAAUGUGGGAGGAGAUUGCUAUAGGUGAGGACGGCAGCAAGAAUGACCUCCACUUAAAGAUGGAAAGACUCUGUCAGAAAAUAAUUGGCUUACGAAAAUGUGAUUCUGUCAGAAAAUGAUUGGCUUACGAAAAUGUGAUUCUGUCAGAAAAUGAUUGGCUUACGAAAAUGUGAUUCUGUCAGAAAAUGAUUGGCUUACGAAAAUGUGAUUCUGUCAGAAAAUGAUUGGCUUAAGAAAACAAGUGAGUUUGUGGGAAUGAAGAGGCUUACUACGUUGACUGAGGAGAAAUCUCUCACUUAAGAAAGACCGGGGCCCGUUGAUUGUGUUCCUCCAACAACGAUGGGGCCAAAUCUCCAUCACCGUUUCUUUGUUUGGGACUAGAAGUUUGUUACUAUAUGAGAAAGGACGUACCAAGGGUUGCUUUUCAGUAAACGGGUAUAGAAAACAGAGAGAAGAUAACAACCAGAGAGAGAAUGCCAGGUCCUUACAUUAGAUAACACAGAUCGUAUGUAGUAAUUGGGUUUUUUAUAUAUAGGAUAAAGUAGUAUUAUUCUAGAAACAGUAUUUUUAAUCUCUUGUUGUUGAUGUUGUUUUGUUUUGGUUUAUCUAAAUAAAGAAAUUUAUUAAACCA